AUCAGCAGCUCUCUUCAAUCUGCCCAGAUGGUUCGAAUUCGAGUACAAUUACGAGAUGAAAGAGGUCAACCUGACCAUGGUCAACGGAACAAUGGUUUUGAGCAACGUGUCCGAUAUUGUCGUGGGUACAACAGAGCUUCGUCGAAACGAGGCUUAUGUCCGGGAUUACACCCUGAUUGCCAAUACCGUGUGUGUUCUCCUUCUUCCCACACUGAUCAUGCUCAUAAGUACCUUCUUAAUUGUGCGGCAAAUGAUCUUGCCCAAAUCCUCCAUUUACACGUGUAAUCAGGAACGAGCUCGGAAGAAGAGGAACCGAAGCAUUACUCUCAUGCUCAUUGGGAUCAUUGUCUUGUUCUUCGUGUGCCAUAUCGGCGAGGUGAUCAUUUCUAUGUACGAGAUGAUCUUGUUCAUCGACAAUGGCGAGAAAGUCGAGUUCCCCCAACUCAUACGUAACCUCAUCGUUCUUAAUCAUCUCUUGAUAGUAAUGAACUCCUCACUAAACUUUGCCAUAUACUGCAAGGACCUGGUGUUUCGAGAGUGUGCCAAGAAGUUUUAUGCCAAGAUCUUCAGUGAGCCCAGUUGUAUUCCGAUCUCAGCGGGCACUCAUCGUAUUCUUCAGACCAAUCAACAGAUGCAGCGUCCAUUAAGGAGGGUCCAAAUUAGCGAUGAUCAAGACCAGUGCGCUCCACCAAUGCCUACGGUUGUGGUCCAAUCAGGCAAGACGUUAGUAACUCAAACUUGCGAUGAAAGCACUUCAGAUCCAAUGAAGAUCGACGGCAACGAAAAUCAUUCAUGAUAGAUGAUAGAGAAAUCAUCUCAAUUGGGAUGAAAUCCUCAUCGAACUUCGGAAUGGGAGCAAUUACCUGGAUCCGAGAGGAUCCUCGAAAUGGGGCUCAAACUUGAUCAGCUCAAAAUGAUGACUGAGUCACAAACAAAGAAUGUCAUUUGUCAGAUCAAGUGAAAGUGAAUGAAACACUCAACCAUCGACUUGUCUCUUUCCCACUAUCUACCUAUUUCAACGAAACUGCAGUAUCAUUUUGAAAUUAUUCUUGAAACAAAUACUCUUCCUCUCCUAUAUAUUAAAAAUACAUACAUCAAUGCUCUCUUCGAA